AUGCCCGCUGCAGGUGUCACCAUCAAUGGCACCUCCGAUCAGCCUGCACCGCCUGCAUCAACUCCCCCACAGCCCUCCAACACGGGCUCCGCCGCCUCCGACGAUACGGGCAACGAAACGGAGAACAUAAAGCCUCAGGAGGGGACAGAAUCAGAUUCGAAAUCCAAUGCUGGAUUGAAGGAAUCGAAGGAGAUACCGCAGGAGCUGGAUGACUUCGGUCUUCCUAUUCGAACUCGCUCGAAAACCGAACAAUCCCCUAGCGGUUCCCCUGAAGAUGCCGAUCGUCACCCCGAAACGGCCAGCCCGGCGGCCGAGAAACUAGGGAAGGAGGAGGGAGUGGAUGUGGAAACGGAUAAGGCCAAAUCAGAGCAAGGGACCGAGACUGUUGAGGCGGGGUUAGAGAAACAAACCGCACAGAAAGACACGAAGACAAAGUCUCCAGAGCACAAUGUUGCACCUGCCAAGGAGCUUCGCGGCGAAACCUCCUCUCCCCCACCUCCAUAUCGCAGAUCAAUGUCGAAAUCAAAGGGCGCACAAGUCUCAGAAUGGUCCCACCAACGAAUGGUCCAACAACCUCAGCAUCACGGCGAGGAGAGCGAGGAAGAGGAGGAAGACCCUUUGGAUUGGCAGGCAAUGCCUGCCCUGGGAGAAAUGGACUACUACGAUGACUAUGGAAGGAUGGUCGCUCGUGGCGCUCAAGAAGAGGACGACGAGGCCGUAUACAGUGGACUAGGUGGGGCUGGAAAAGGAUAUACUCGAGUUCAGCUCGAUGAAGACGCUCAAUCCGCCACCAGCAUGGACGAGGAUACGAGCUAUCUUUUCCGGGAAGCAGCUGACAAUUCUGCGGGUGUGGAAGGCGAAGAGCUCCGCGAUACCGUCAGCCAGCUUCAAGCCACGAAGGAUCUCCUCAACGAGACGCAGAAGAUUGCUUAUGUCGGUGUAGUCCGUCUGGCAAUUCAUGGGAUGAACUUUGAGCUGAGCGAAGUACCCAUGACUAAGGCAUCCCGCAAGGUGAUUCUGAAAGCCCAUGAUGCCAUGAGGAAAUGGGGCCAAGCAAUGAUGGGGCGAUUGUAUAUGCAUAUGGAUAUUAGCCCAGCCGAGCAACUCAUGAUCGAGCAGCUUGCUGGACACGGUGUGCAGCCUGGAGACCUGGUGCGCCCGCUCAUGCAGAAUGCGCGUGUCAAGAACCCCAUGGCAGAGGACGAGCCCAAAAGGUCGACCUCUUCGAUCCCAUCUCCCACCGUGAAAACCAAUUCAAGCCCCGAGAUGUUUACUGAGACCGAGACUUCUGAAAUCGGUUCGCCACCACCGUAUGAUGCUCAUGAGGGCGAGGAAGAUGUCCCAGAAGUCCAGACAAUAUCCCAAUUGCCGACGUCUGACCGAAUUGAUAUUGACCUUCGGUGGACAGUUCUCUGUGAUCUAUUCCUCUUGCUGAUUGCCGACUCAACUUAUGAUGCCCGAUCACGGACAUUGCUUGAAAGAGUGGGCGCAGCGAUGGAUGUAACCUGGCUGCAGAUCUCCCGAUUUGAGAAGCGCGUGACAGACGCUCUGGAAAUGCAAGAGCAAGCCGAGAAAGAGACCUGGGAUGAAUCGGAACACAUGGAAAAGCGCCGAAAGGCGACCCUGACGCAAAAAUAUAUGAUUAUGGGCCUUGCCACAGUCGGUGGUGGUCUUGUUAUUGGUCUCUCGGCAGGGCUAUUAGCUCCUGUGAUUGGAGCUGGUCUUGCAGCCGGUCUCACGACAGUGGGCCUUUCUGGUACCAGUGCGUUCUUGGGUGGAGUUGGCGGUACUGCCCUCAUUGCUUCGAGUGCUACUCUCGGCGGAAGUGCCAUCGGUCUAAAGGCUUCUCACCGGCGUACGGGAGCGGUCCAAACGUUCGAAUACCGUCCUCUUCACAACAACAAAAAGCUCAAUCUGAUUGUAACGGUCUCUGGCUGGAUGACUGGCAAAGUCGAUGAUGUCCGGUUGCCGUACAGUACCGUGGACCCCAUCAUGGGGGAUAUUUACUCUGUUCUCUGGGAGCCUGAAAUGCUGCUCAGUAUGGGUGACACAAUCAACAUUCUUGCUACAGAGGCAUUGACACAAGGUUUACAGCAAGUGCUGGGCAGUACUAUAUUGAUGGCCCUGAUGGCCUCGCUGCAGCUUCCACUCGUCCUCACCAAGCUUGCCUACCUCAUCGACAAUCCCUGGAACGUUUCGCUAGCUCGUGCCAAUGCGGCAGGUCUAGUCCUGGCGGAUUCCUUACAGGACAGAAACCUUGGAAGCCGGCCCGUCACGUUGCUGGGCUUCUCCUUGGGUGCACGCGUCAUCUUCUCAUGCAUCAAGGAGCUAGCUGCCAAAGGCGCCCACGGACUCGUUCAAAAUGUUUAUCUCUUUGGUUCGCCGGUUGUGGCCAGCAAAGAUGAAUAUCUGAAGGCGCGCAGCGUGAUCUCUGGUCGAUUUGUGAACGGCUACUCCAAAAACGAUUGGAUUCUGGGAUACCUCUUCCGAGCUACUAGCGGUGGUAUCAUGCGCGUGUCUGGCCUCGCACCCAUUGAGGGCAUCCCAGGCCUGGAGAACUUCGACCUCACUGAAACCGUCAAUGGCCAUAUGGACUACCGUGCUGCCAUGCCCCGUAUCUUACGACAGGUCGGAUGGGAGGUCUUGGAAGAUGAAUUCGCAGAAAUUGAGGACCCGGAUCCCGACAAUCAUGCCGAAAGACAACGGGAGCUCAUUCGGGAGAUCGACGAGGCUCGCCGAGAAGCGGAGUUGAAGCCAGAGAAAAAGCGCUUUGGUAUUUUCAAACGCGGCAAGAUGGCAGAGAAGAGAACAUGGGAGACAUAUGGUGUUGAUCGCAACUCUCCGCAGCACACUUUAACCGAGGCCAACAGUACCCCGGGUUCCGUCCUCUUCGAUAUCGAAGCCAUUCGAGCCGAAUUGGCUUCGGAAGCGAUUGAGGUCAAGCAGCUAGAAUCUACUCUUCCCCCGAUGAAGCUAAACCUAAACCCUCCAUCCUCCGAGCCAUCGUCUGUUCGACCUGCGACUCCGGUCGAGAAAGAGAAAACGCUGAAGGAGCCCGGUCUCCCUUCUCUUCCUCGUACAGCGUCGGAGCCACAGCUUUCCGCGGGAAUCCAAACCACACACAUCACGACCGAUCCCGCCAUCUUACACAGAGAGGAGCCCGUCGAAAUGACAUUUGACACCUCCUUCCACGACGGCCGUCAACACCAUUUCGACCCGCCAGCGCGGCCCGAACUGCGGUCUUCGUCCACGAUGCCUACGGGCAUUGGUGCUACUGCAGUUGGGGCCAUGGCUAUGGAGCCCAAUGCUUGGGCCGAUUAUGAUCAUGAUCAUGGCCAUGGCCACAUGGAUGGUGAGAUCCAGAUGACGUUUGAAUAA